ACAAGGGAUUGUAGACCCAUGGGGUACCAUCGGCCGCACCUUGUUUGGCAAGAGAGUCCUCAAGGUCGUUCAGAUCCUUGUCAGUUUUGGGUGCACGAGAAUGUCCUUGGACUUUACGCCAAUAGAUGUGCAUGUCAUGUGACGUCGCUAGGGCGUCACAAGCCAUGAAGAGGUCCUGAUGAUUAACGGGCUUCUGGUUAGAGGUCAGGAACCCGUUACUCUUCCAAGAAGGUAGAUGACAAAUGAAACUGAGGCGUGCAUAGUCCAAGUCGGUGCAAAUCACCAGCUCAUGGACUCCACGGUCCACAGCAAGUUGUAGUACUAUCAAGAUCCCAGCCACUUCUACAAAUUGUGAGGUCUUAGGACCCAACCAGUAACACCGGGAGUCCUUCUGGUCAGCGUGCGACCAGAAGACACCCAUGCCUGACCUAGGCGCAUCACCGUGUCGAAAAGAACUGCCAUUGACGUACACGGGUGGCAAGUCCACACAGAGAGACUGGUUGAAGUAGUGGUGGUAGGGGUUUAGAAGAGACUGAGGAGGGCUAGCUGGCAGGACUGACAUGACAGCGUUGUCCGAGCAGUGUUGGCACGCAGCCAAACCCAUGUCAAGAGUGUUACAGCAGUUCUGGGCGUAGCGUACUUCAAUGUCGAAGCUUUGAAGAGCCAGCAGCCAUGACGCGAUUUGUGCAUUGGUCACCACACCAUCUCUGAUGCGCUGACUGUUAAGGAAGGUCACUAGCUGAUGCUGAGUUUCAAUGAUGAUUUUCUGUCCACCGAUUUAGCUAGAAAAGUGUUUCACCGCCCCAUAUGGUGGAAAGCAAAGCUUUUUCACAGCCACAGUACUUUAACUCAGGACCGGACAAGAGCUUACUAGCAUAGGCUACGACACGCCUGUUGCAGUCAUAUACUUGGUUGAGACCGGCACUCAGUGAGAUGAAAAACCAACCUCAAGGUGGAACUCCUUGUCACAGUCGGGGAGCGCCAAGCACGGAGCUGAGCAUAACGCGGCCUUCAGAUCAUCCAUGGCCUGUUGCUGCUGCUCAGUCCACUCGAAAGGCACACCCUUCUUCAGUAGGUUAGUCAGAGGUCUCGCUAUCUCAGCGUAGUGUUCUACGAACUGGCGCGAGUAGUUGCACACACCGAGAAAACUCCGAAGUUCGGAGACAUUCGUAGGAGGUUUGAUGGUGGCCACGCCUUGAAUUCUGCCAAGUUGAGGCCACACUCCCUGUGGUCCCACAAGGAGGCCAACAAACUGAACCUUUGACCUGCACCACUGACCUUUAGCGAGAGAAAUCUUUGCACCAGCAGCUGUGAGCUGACCCAUGACGUGGUCCAGCUCAGACAGGUCGUCAUCCAAGGUAUGCUUACGAACAAGAAUGUCGUCGACAUAGAUGAGGGUACCUCGCUCUUGAGCAUCAGGGCAGGCUUUGUCCAAGAAGAUGUUUAACUCAGCUGGUGAGUCGGAGUAGCCAAAAGGACACCAAGUGAAGGUGUACUGGCGGUUGGCAGAGGAGAAGGCUAGUUUGUAUUGGUCAGACUUAUGGACAGGGAUUGUCCAGAAUCCAGACGCAAUGUCAAGGGUGGAGAAGUAUUUAGCGUCUUUCACUUUCGGGAGUUCUUGUUCCAAGCGGGCCAUCGGCCACCUAGACAAGGGAACCUGUUUGUUGAGUUGUCUGUAGUCAAUGGUCAGUCGCCACUUACCAUUAGAUUUCUUUACUGGCCACAAGAGAGCUGAGUAGGUGCUGUUACAGGGUCGGAUGAUCCCUUUCGCCAAGAGGCUAUCAAUGAUUUCCUGGACUGGUCCGUGGGACGCCAGGGGAAUCUUGUACUGACGCACAAAAGUCGGCGCAGCGUGUGGCAGUGUAGGAAUCCUGACUUCAUGGAUAGUGGUUAGUCCAAGGAGUCGAAUGAAAGAGAGUCUUUUUAGUUUAACAAAAGUUGCCGUAGCUUGUCUCGCUCGACAUCUUCAUCUCAUUCUUUUGGUCACUGCCCAAAACUUGUGACCAAAGAUAAGGGUAGGAACGUAGAUUGUCAGGUAAAUUGAGAGCUACAGCUACUGCCAAAAGCGGCUAGCACUGAAGAAGACUACAGGAGUGGUUGAAACUGUCAGCAAAAAGGUAAAACAACCCUUUUAUGUGUUAAAAACAGAACCAAAUAAGGCAAUCACCUGUAAAUGGUUUAGGAAGGUUUUUCUCAGACAAGUGAAAAGCAAGUAGUCUAAGCGUGAGGAGAUGAAGAUGUGGAUAACCGUCUCAAGUUCAGAGUGGAACAGAAUGGGGCUUAUCCUACCAAUGUUCCUGAGAUGAAAGAAGGAAGAGCAAACAAGAGAUCUGAUAUGAUAAUCCAGGGUGAGAGCUGGGUCAAAGGUCACACCAAGAUUCCUGACAGAGGGUUUGGUGUGAGAAGCAAGCUGACCAAGAUGCAAUAUACACAAGAGCAACAGAUGUUUUCUUCUGUUCAGUCCAAAACCCAAACUUGUGUUGUAGUAACAAAAGGUCAGAGUUCAUGAGCCUGACAUUUCAGGAAAGGAGCUAUUAGCUUUAUCAAGGUUUUGAGGCUGCCUAGUUAAUUGCUCGAAGGAAAGAGAGUGAAUAGUUGAUGCAAAAAUUUACUUCCUGAACAAUCUGACCCUCAUUUCAGUCCCACGUAUUAAUGUAAACCAAUUAUGACUUUAAAUUUCAUUCACUUGUGUUUUAACAUUGCUGAAUCCUUUACAGUGGGUUUUAUUGUUGACUAUUGUAUUUACCAGGAGGCUUAUGAAGAAAUAGAAUGAUAGAAAUGGCAAAUCCUAGCAUUGUGUUCAGGAAAUUCAGGUGAAAUAUAUUUGAUUGCUCGGAUGAGUUGGAUGUCUUAUAUAAUAAUCAAGCAGAACUUGACUGUGUUGUGCCCUGCUGUUUUAAGCCAUUGCUUGUUUACUUUGGCAGCCAACUACCAGAGCCAUUAAGUGGUGCUUGUUUUUAAGGAGGAAGAAAACGAUUGAAGAAAGGUACUUGAUUGCACUUAGCAGUUGCUCUGAAGACGCUUUGUCUUUGCUUAAAUUACACUUUGUCUGGAGCUGAAUGAUGCAUUACAACUUUGCUGUUUUCAGCACUUGAAUUGUGUUCUGACCUUGGGUGGACCUUGGCCUCGACACAUGACAAAUGCCUCAGCCGUUAUCUGUGAGUAUGCGUGUGCCUAGACUUCAAUCCAUGGAUUUCAUAAGAGCACUGCCCAGUCCUCGAUUAAGCUCAGAAACUGGUGCAACAAUGCAGCAAACAAAAGAUGUUGCUGCCUGAGGACAUGUUGUGUCAAGAAGUGAGAAGAGGACAGGAUGCUUUUCACACCUGUACCUAUUAGAGCUACACUUUCAGGACAGCUGCUGGUGAUUUGACACAAUUCAGUACUCACACCUAAAAUGAGGAUGCUUCCUUGGCGCGACAGGAAUGGCAUGAAUCGACUCCUUGUAAAUUGUUACGAGGGUUUAACUGUCUAUAGAUGGACUCCUGAAUAACCCCGAGAGCACAGCGAGUGGUGUGUGUUUGUGUGAACAGAGGGAGGGCGGAAGCAGAUGUGUGUGAGAGAGAUUCAGAGCUGUGGCUCUAUCACAGUGUGCCUUUGUCUAGCUGUAGAAAGUGUUGAAUUAAAGGCUGUUGGCACAGGUCUGCACACUCGUAUGCUAAUGUAUUUUCUGGGGGAAUUAAAAAAAAUGAUGGCCCAGAAAACACAUCUGAGAGCCUGCUUUACAUGCUUCAUGCAACACACAAAGUGUGCAAGAAAUACUGAAAAUAGAGAUGGUGUGUGUGUGUGAGAGUGUGUAGAGGGCAGCACCAGAAUGAGUGGGUGACACUGUGCAGAAAUAGCAUUGAAGGAGCUACAGAGAGCUGAAAGCAGAGGGCAUUCUUUCAUUGCCUUGUUUUUUCCCCUCCCCUCGAGUCUCUGCUCUCAAUGCUGCUGCAGGUGAUGCUGCGAGACAGAUAACUGGACUUAGAUUGGGCAAAGAGGCAGAGAUUGAGAUUUGGCCUGAGAAUAAACAAGGGGUGGGGGAUUUAAAGGGAAAGAAGCACUGAGAGAUUCAUACAGAGAGAGAGAGAGAGAGAGAGAGAGAGAGAGAGAGAGAGAGAGAGAGAGAGAGAGAGAGAGCGCCAGCGUCGAGAAGAAGCAGAGGCAGCGGAUGGAAGAAGAGAAGAGGAGAGGCAUUGAGUGGAAGCGUACACAUGGACAAGAAGAAGCCUCUAUUUCAUGUGCUCAGCAUGCGAGACUGAAGAGUGCAGCUGUCUGGAUGGAUUGUUAGAAUUUUCCGCACUACGGUUAGAGGAAGCACAUAGAUACAGUGGGAAUAUCGAGCUGGGUGCAGAAGAUGAACAGGCGAUGUGGACUCUGUGGCUGUGAUCGCCAUCCUCAGACCUUGUAGCCACUUACGCUGGUGCUGCUGCAGGCCGUUAGCCUCACAGUUGAUGCAGAAUGAGCUCCAAGCAUUCCGCCGACUGGAUCCCUUACAGCACUUUAGAUGACGAAAGCACAAACCUCCGACAGCAGAAACUGGACAGACAGCGAGCACUACUCGAGCAGAAACAGAAGAAGAAGAGACAAGAGCCUCUGAUGGUCCAGUCCAACGUGGACGGGAGAUCUCGGACUCGUCGGACCAAACAGAGCGAGGAACAGGCUCCGCUGGUGGAGUCGUACCUGAGCAGCAACAGCAGCACCAUCUACCACGUGCAAGAGGCUGAACGUGAGGAGGUGAAGAUGACAUCGGACGCUCAUCUGCCUCGUUCGGCCAAAAAGGGUAAAGCAUCGGCCAGCUCCACACCACAGACAAGCAGCGAAAAGAAGGAGAGGAAGGGGAAACACAAAGCAGCAGUAGACGGCCCGGCUACUCAGCAGGACGAUGGUCAGAUCCAGAUCCUGACCGUGGGUCAUCCCACCACAGAGGAGAGGGAGACAGAACCAGUCAUGAGCUGCACCCAGUCGCAGAGCAAACAGGAUCUGCGCAUCACCAUGCUAAAGAAAGGUAUAUCCAGCAGUAUGAAUUUUGAUGAAGAAGAGGAUGACGAAGACGAAGUCAGCUCCAGUUCGUCACAGCUCAACAACAACACAAGACCCGGCUCUGCCACCAGCAAGAAGUCAUGCAAGGACGUUGCCUCAGCACCAACUCCACCUGUGAGCGAACCCGCGGUCGAUGUUGAGGAUUUGGAGGAGUUUUCCCUGCGACCGGCACCGCAGGGGGUCAGAGUGAAAUGCAGGAUCACCAGGGACAAGAAGGGCAUGGACAGAGGAAUGUACCCCACCUACUACCUUCACCUGGAGAGGGAAGAUGGCAAGAAGGUUUUCCUGUUGGCUGGCAGGAAGAGGAAAAAAAGUAAAACAUCCAAUUACCUCAUCUCCAUCGACCCCACUGAUCUGUCUCGUGAUGGAGAGAGUUUCAUCGGUAAACUGAGGUCAAACCUGAUGGGAACCAAGUUCACCGUGUACGAUAAUGGUCUAAAUCCCGUAAAGAGCACCUCCAGCCUUGAAGCUAGCAACCUGCGUCAAGAGCUAGCCGCCAUUUGCUAUGAAACCAACGUCUUAGGAUUCAAGGGGCCUCGCAAAAUGAGUGUCAUCAUUCCCGGGAUGAACAUGGACCACGAAAGAGUGUCCAUUCGGCCCCGGAACGAGCAUGAGUCACUGCUGGCCAGGUGGCAGAACAAGAACACAGAAAGUGUGAUUGAACUUCACAACAAGACGCCCGUGUGGAACGAUGACACGCAGUCUUACGUGUUAAACUUCCAUGGCAGAGUUACGCAGGCGUCUGUUAAGAAUUUUCAAAUUAUUCACGACAACGACCCUGACUACAUUGUGAUGCAGUUUGGCCGUGUGGCAGAGGAUGUUUUCACCAUGGACUAUAACUACCCAAUGUGUGCCCUGCAAGCCUUCGCCAUCGCCCUCUCCAGCUUUGACAGCAAGUUAGCCUGUGAAUAGACCUGAAGUUCAGAAAAGAGCGGGUCCGUCUGUCCUUAAGGGCUGUUCAUGCAUCUCUGGCUGGUUUGAAACUCUCCAAAUCACCCCAGUACCUUGGAAGUCCUGCAUAGUCAAAAAUACUUGCUGGGCCUCAAAUUUUAUGUUACGUGCGUGUGCCUGGGGGAGGCGGGUGGUCUCGGUCAGCGGAUGAAAACAAGCACAAACGGUAAAAUACCUGCUAAAUCAAACAGUUUGUCUUGAUACUUAUGGUCAUUUUGCACUGUAACAUCAUUAAGAAAAACCAACACUGUUUCUUUAUGUCGUAAAUAUAUAAAGUUAACAUUUCCUUCUCUGUAAAAUUUAACAAACAGUCACAGCUCACUGGAUUUUCUGUAGUCUCCAACAUGAAACACAAUGUCACUCACUUCACCAUGCAUGGAUACGUCUUACAUAGUUGGUAAGUAAAAAAAAAUCCCCAUCCUCAAGCUUAACUUUGUUUUCAUAUUUAUUACAUGAUGAUUUCUCCAUCCGUAUCAGUGUCUGCUCCACGGUUCUCCAGAAAUCAGCCAUUGCUGCAAGGAAAACCCUUACUUUCACCUGAAUCAGAGACUCAGACAUAGAACGGGUGCCAGCAAAGUGCUGUAGACAUUAUCAUGUCACACUCGUGAAUGUAAAAGGUGAAGGUGCACUAAACUGUGAAAUUGUGAUGAACGAUAGAUACUUCUAACAUUCUUUAGUGUGCCUUUAAAGACUAAUUCUAGUGUCAAACUUUAGCCAGAAAUCAAGCUGAGCUAGGUGAAUUGUUUCCUCUCUCCUCAUCCCCUGGAGGUAAUUCUCCAAAUACUUCUAAGAUAGCAUUAGAUAGACCUCCAAGACUACAAACAACAAUAGAAAAAGAUUGAAUCAAUACUAUUCUAAAAAAUUUUUUUAAAAGGUUAUCUAGUCACCCACUCUAAUGAUCGGUAUUGGAAAGCCUGAUUGGUCACCUUUGCAAGUUGCCUAGGAAGUAAGCAGCACAGCUAAAUGCAUGGGCUCCUCAUGCUGGUCACCAGACUAGUCAUAGUUUACAGUGGGAUGACGUCACAUACUUCAACCAGUUGUUGUUGAAGGUUGACAUUUUUAGUCACAAGCUGGUCCCACAAGUGUUUAGUUGGGUAUGGACUCUUGGAAGGCCCUUCCUUCUGUACUCCUUCUGGAAAUACUUUGUGAUGAUACUGGUUCUACCACUGGUGGUACUGUUAUACUUCAUUUUAAAUAUCUGGAGCAGUGGUUCCCUAUCUGGGUUUGUGAGAUUGCAUAGAGUCCCCACAUUCCUGUCUGUGCUGAGGCUGGGACGUUACCAAUAUUAUAUUUUUUAAAAGUACAGUCACAAAAUACUAAAAACGUACAUACUAUCAUAAUCAAAACCCUGGAAAAGUGUUUUUAAUGCAUUUUAAUUAUUUUUAAUGGGUCUUGGACACUGACACAACUCUGGAAGAAAGCCUUUGGCAAAGAUGAGGAACUGAUCUUCACGAGGUGUCGUCUUCCUAAGACGCUCAAGUCGUGAUCCGUCUUUGACUUCAACAGUCUCGUGGAACUAGUUUGGAAAUAGUUAACAGGGCUGAGGCCAAAUUGCUGUGGUGAUGGUGGCUCAGGGGUUAGGAGUUUUCUCUGUAGCCGGUGAGUUGCUGGUUCAAACCCAGGCUCUGUUUGUGCCAGUUGUGUUUUUAGGAAGGAAAGGCCAUCCUCCAUUCCCGCUGGUGGAGAUGGAGGCAUCAGUGGCGCCUGUGUCCGUCAGCCACAGCUCUGUCAGUGUAAUCCAGGGCAGCUGUGGCUACAAUGUAGCUCAUCACCACCAGUGUGUGAACAUGUGUGUGAAUGGGUGAAUGACUGACUGUAGCGUAAAGUGCUUUGAAGUCCUCUGGGACAAAAAUGCUCAAUGUAAUUGCUUCAAGAAGCUAAUGCCUGGGUCUGGUUGCAGAAUGGUCAAUGGCCUGUUUUAUAUAGCAUCUUCUAGAGUCCUAGAACCCCCCAAGGUGCUUUACAAAACAAUAGUCACUCAUCCCCACUCCGCCUGCUCCCUCCGACCGUCACUAGCAGGUGGAACGCUGAUACUCGGAGCAUAACAAACUGAACAAAUUUGUGGCUCACGUGUCCAAGCGCUGUGCCAAUCAUCCAUAAACAUGUGCUAGAACAAUUAUGGCAGCACUUGAAGUUCAAAACAAAUGUGGACACCAACGGGAGGCGUUGGAAAAUUUUUUGGAGGGAACCUAGCUACCCACAUGUUUAGGUGUGUUGCUCAUUCCUUGGACUUUUCAUAAAGGUGACUAAACCAACUCACAAUAUAAAAUCCAACAUCAUUUGUGGAUAUUAAGAUAACUUGACUGAGAUAAUGUUUCCUAACUGAGGAGUUUAAAUUUUUACAAGGAAUUUUUUAGGAGAGUAGUGUAGAAAGCUGACAUAAGAAAUAUCUUACCUGAGGUGGAUAGCUUAUUUAAUGACAUCAGUAUAGACAAAAUUGCAUAAGAAUGACAAGCUAACAGCUAGUCUGACCAGAGCUAACAGACCAAAAAGGAUCAUCGCCAUUUAAAACACCCAAUCUCCAAAAUGUCAUAGCAGCUCAUUUGAAUACAUAGAAAUAUUAACCACUGUUAAGCUGGUCCGAUUCAGCCUAGCCAUUAGCUUGUCUUUCUGUCAAAACCCUUCUAUUUCCCCACACUAAGGUUGUUCCAAGUGCUAUUACUUAGUCAUAACAUUUCCACUGAACUUCACUUAAAAUUAUGUUUAUGCCCUACAACUCCAUUCUGUUUAAUGACGUAAAUGUUUGUACAUCAGACACCAGAUACAACAACUUUCCAAAGCCUUUGAGCUUUGGUCUGUCCUCCAGUCUGCAACAACCGUACACUGAUUCAACACAUUCAGUGUCCACAGUUAGUUUGAAAAUGCACUCCAUACUUAUUUUUUAUUUACAUUUUUUAGGUUUAUGCUCGGUGUCGUGAAGUUCGACACGUCAGUAAACAGCAGUAAGUCUCCAUCUUGUUCACAUUUGCACUCAUUUCUUUUCUCUCUUCUUCCUUGUUCUGAUGAGGCAGUAUCUUUUCUGCAGUAGAUUUUAUAUUUGAUGAUGGUUUUAAAAAAGAAAGCUGAACAGCAGCAAAGAACAAUCUCUGAUACCACUCUUGUUACUGUGGGUUAUGAGAAAAUCUUUAACAAAUGCGCUAUUCUUGUACUUAAUUGUGUUGUAACUAUUUUAAAUUUCUAUUUCUCAAACUGUUGAUACUCUUGCUGUAAAGUCUGCUUUUCUUACGUGUCCAAAGAACCAAAAGUUCUUUCACUCUGUUUUCAGUGCUCUCAUCGUAAUGUACAGUAAAUGGUGUGCAAUUUACUCUGGUGGUAUUGACACAGUUCUUUAUCAAUGGAAAACAAUAAACUUACAGUUCGUCAAACGGCA